AUGCUCCAAUGGAUCCAUACAAAGGCUGCCAAAUUGGGGUUUGGCGUUUUAAUCAGAAGGCCAAAUAACGGUUCAGAUAAAAGACUUGUAUUUGUGACAUUUAGAUGCAAAACAAGUGACAAGUACAUAACUACUAUCUGGAAGUUGAAACAAGAUGACAACAAUUUAACGAAAUGUGAGUGUCCUUUUAAGUUGCAUGGAAAUCUUUUGGCAAAUAAUAAAGGGAGAUUUAAUGUGAUUUGUGAUACACAUAAUCAUGACAUGUGUCACGAGUUAGUUGGUCAUCUCAUUGCAUCUCACCUUAUGCCUGAUGAGAAUGAAAUUGUUUCUGACAUGACAUUGAACAUGGUGUUGCCAAAAAACAUACUUGCAAAUUUGAAACGUAAAAGACCAAAAAAGUAUCUCAAAUAUCAAACAAGUAUACAAUGUCCGUACCCGAAACAACAAGGCGAUAAGAGGCGAUAUAACUGA